GGAGGAGGCGGCUUAAGGCAACCAUGGCGGGAGGAAUCAAAGUAGCGGUGUCGCCGGCUGAUGGUCCCGGGUCCUGGGUCUGGGGGGCCGGGGAUGGUGGGGCAGUGCGGCUGUUCUUGGUCCUUUCCGGCUGCUUGGUCUGCGGCUCAGCUGGAAUUGAUGUAAAUGUGAUCAUGCUUCAGGAAUCCCGAGUUUAUAGUAUGAGUACCAGCCAACAGUUCUGUUAUAAAAAUGUGCUUGUCCCAAAGUGGCAUGAUAUAUGGACACGGAUACAGAUCCGGGUAAAUAGUUCCACAUUGGUCCGAGUCACCCAGGUGGACAAUGAGGAGAAAUUGAAGGAGCUCGAGCAGUUCAGUAUCUGGAACUUUUUUUCCUCUUUUUUAAAAGAGAAAUUGAAUGACACCUAUAUCAACGUGGGUCUAUACAGCACAAAAACCUGCCUCAAAGUUGAAAUUAUAGAGGACGCCAAGUACAGUAUCAUUGUGACCAGGAAAUUUGACCCCAAACUCUUCCUCAUUUUCCUCCUUGGACUUAUGUUGUUUUUUUGUGGAGACUUAUUGAGCAGGAGUCAAGUUUUCUACUAUUCCACAGGGAUGAGUGUGGGAAUUGUGGCUUCUCUACUAAUUAUCAUUUUUAUACUAUCCAAAUUCAUGCCCAGGAAAAGUCCCAUUUACGUCAUCCUGGUGGGAGGCUGGUCCUUUUCUCUGUACCUCAUUCAGCUAGUUUUUAAGAAUUUACAAGAGAUCUGGAGGUGUUACUGGCAGUAUCUUUUAAGCUACAUCCUCACAGUUGGAUUCAUGAGUUUUGCAGUAUGUUACAAGUAUGGGCCCUUGGAGAAUGAACGAAGUAUCAACCUGCUGACCUGGACCUUGCAACUGAUGGGCCUGGGUUUCAUGUAUUCCGGCAUCCAGAUACCUCACAUUGCCCUUGCCAUUAUCAUCAUUGCACUGUGUACUAAGAACCUGGAGUACCCUAUUCAGUGGCUGUACAUCACCUACAGAAAGAUGUGUAAGGCAACAGAAAAGCCUGUCCCCCCUCGUCUCCUGACAGAAGAAGAAUAUAGGAUACAAGGAGAGGUAGAGACCCGAAGGGCUUUAGAGGAGCUCCGAGAAUUUUGUAACAGUCCAGACUGUUCUGCUUGGAAGACUAUUUCUCGAAUCCAGUCUCCAAAAAGAUUUGCUGACUUUGUAGAAGGUUCUUUCCACCUCACACCAAAUGAAGUUUCCGUCCAUGAACAGGAAUAUGGAUUAGGGAGCAUUAUUUCCCAGGAUGAGGAAGCAACUUCUGAGGAGGAGGAGGAGGACUCAGGUUCUCAGCACCUCAUUGCCACACAGAACAAUUUCCUGACUUAAGUGUGGUGGUUAUUUAUUUUCAUGUAGACUGAUUUGGUGCCUCAGUGGUUGUGUUGCAAGCACUGUGCAUUUCUUAUAGGCCUUUAUAGCAGGUUGAAGGGUAGUGCAGAAAUUAAAUGAGAGGCCUGAGUAGAUCUCUCUGGGAAUGAUUGUGGUAGUCUCUGUGGGAUCCCUAAGGAGGGAGAGUGGACAAAGUGAAUGCUGUGGUAGUGUGCUUUCCACCUGUUAAGUUAUUAGCCCACUCUUCUGUUUCUAAAAAAACUGGAAGGUCACAGCCAGCAUGGCAUUCUAGCUCCUCUUUGAAAGUUGAUUUGAUCAUUUCUGUCACUGGCUGGUCCUCUAAAAUGAGAAUUGUAAGUAGGGCUUUCAGACUAGAGGCUGCAUCUUCCAGAGAGAAAUCCAUAAGUCUGAGCAUCCUUCGCUUUCUGCUUUUAUUACAGUGACUUUAGAAUAAUCUUUGAUUUAACUGUUUUGAGAGGAAAAUGGAUUUUUGUCUGUCUUGUUUUUUUAUUUUUUUAUAGUUGUAGAUGGGCAGCAUGCCUUUAUUUUGUUUUAUUUUUAUGUGGUGCUAAGGAUUGAACCCAGUGCCUCACACAUGCUAGGCAAGUGCUCUGCCACUGAGCUAUAGUCACAGCGCCUGUCUUGUCUUUCAAACAAAUGUGUUUUUUAAAAUAUAUCAAACUCAUGUUCCUGAACCAGCAAAUGCUCCAGAGUGAUAAGCCCAGUUGGCCCCUAGAUAGUUUUAUGGAUUAUUCAUUAAAGCCCUAGGAGCUGUUGUGUUGAGCUUUGAAUUAGUUCUCACACAUGAUAUUCUGAGUCCUGCUUGCUUUUAGUAACAUGCCUAUAGGUUCUUCUAUAGUUAAGAGCUCUUGAACUUUUUAUUUUAUUCAACAUUUAAUUCCAUUUUUAAAAUAUAUUUGCCUUUUUCUCUUCCUAUUCCUCCUUGCACUCUUUUUCCCUUUGAGGAAGGGUCUAUUUCAUACAGUUGAGAGUUUGUCUCAUUUCUUCCCCUUGGUUUUUAGCAUUAUUCCUGCUGGCCAGGAGAAAUGAUGAUGUUUACCCCAUUUUUUUUCUCUCAUGUGUUACAUAUCAUUGAGUUGCUAUGGAACCAAGAAAUUAUCUCCUUUCCCUUUUUCUUCCUUUGUAUACCCAUUUUAUCUAUUUCUUUCAGUCUUUCCUUACUCCUUGCACUCUCCCAUUCUGGCUAAUUUGUUGAUUCAGGCUAAUUUGUAAGCCCUAAAACCAUCUGUGAAGUUUCUUGAUGCCUUGCCAGGAAAUAGGUCUCCAGGUUAUCUUUAUGCCUCUGAUGCCUAUUUAGCCAUCAGGAGAAGACACAUUUUCCUAAGAAUACCAUACUUAUUUGUAAUUCCAUUUCUCAUCAGAGGUUCAUGCUGCCUUUUGUUAUAUAUAAAUCUAUUACUUUCAGAUUCUUUUGCCAUUGGAAAGUACCCUUAGGCCAGCAAUGUCAUUUAUGAAGGAGCAAAUUCCCAAGUAUCUGUCAUUUGCUUGGUUCUUUGUUAUCCUCAUCCUUGAACCUUGGAAAAAGCUGUAAUUCCUUUACCCAGGAGGAUAGAAACUCAUGGAGGGUACACAACAUUGGAUUUCCUGACUUAUCUUGAUCUUGGAAAAGAAAGAUGUUUUUUUAAAAAGCUUUUACAAUUUUUUUCAGACCAGCUAUUAGCAUGUAGUUUUGAAAGGCCCCAGGCUCCAUUGCUAACUUCUAAAAUAUCAGCUCUGAGUCUCCCCUCCAGGUGGCCAGUCGAUUAUUUCCAUCAGGGUUCCCUGGAGCCUUAAACUAUCCUAAAGUGACAACUACCUCAGUUGGCAGAAAGAGACAAAUAAUAGAAAGUGAAAAAUGAGCAAUAUUUGGGCAGAUGUCUUAAAGUCACAGAGUACAAGUAACUUUAUAUUGGGAAACUUUUAUGUCUUUGUAAAUUGUGUACAUGGUAAAAUUUUAUUCCUCUAAAGUACUACUAAAACCUCCAAGGGGCUGGACAUGUACCUCAAUGGUAGAGUAAUUGCCUAGCAUGUAUGAAGCUCUGGGUUCAAUCCCCAGCAUUAAACACACACACACACACACACACACACACACACACACACACACACACACCCUCUGAAGUGUUCUCUUACCUUAUUUAUAGAUUUUGAGAUCUAGCAUAUGGAUCAUAAGUUGAUUUGAAGAAGUAAUUCUAACUGUAUGGAUGGUCUCAGGACUCUAUGGGGAUUUUGGUGCCUUCCCCAAAACAACUCCUAAGGAGGUGGUAGCUUUCCUCUAAGGUGACUUUUCCUGACUCAUGUCUUUAUUUUCAUGAGAAAGGCAUUGUGAAGUUAGGAAAUGCUCUCCCUUUUCUGUAUAGUAACUCCUUGUGAACUAUAGUUUCCAUACCAAGACCAAUUUUUCACUGUGCUUGAAUUUGAGAUGAAUAAAAUCAAACUAUUUUAUUUCUCCCUGUCUGGUAGUUGAGAACUGAGUUGCAGGAAAUGACAGUUGCCCUGCAGCAUGAGAGUUGCUCUCAGACAGUGAAGGACGGUGCUUUUUUGGUGUGGAGCAUGUCCUUGCCCUGCCUGCUUGUGUGACUAUACUUCAGAGCCCUGCCUGGAGAUUGCUUGACUCUGUAAACCUUCUUUAGGAACUGUUCUUGUCUCCCUCAUGGCCACUUAGUCUGCUGGCUCAGUCACUACUUGAAGCCCCUAUUUAAUUUUCUCUGGCAGUUAUAUAGCUCUUGCAAUUUCAGCACAGUCUCAUCUCUCAGACCAAUCUCAUCAAGAAGGAUUGAAGGGAUAACUGUGGGGUGAGAUGGACAUUGGAGCCAUGUCUGCUGCCACGUCAGCGUCUUGCUGGCCAAAUAUCAAGCUGUAAAUUGGCUCUGGGGCUCAGGGUCUCAUCAGCAUUGGAAAUCUAUUGCCUCUAAUCGGUCUGACAAAGUUGUGUAGAGCAUGACUCCCAUUACUGGGAACACAGAGAGGCAACUAGCCUAAAAUGUUUUCCUUUCACUUCCUCACUCAUUGUUUUUGUGAGAGCAACAGAACACAUUACCAAAACCAAGAAAAACUUACCCAUUCCGGGACCUUCUAAUAAGAAAUUCCUAUCAGUCUUCAUCACACAAAAGUACUUUGUUUCUCCCCUCAAAUUUGUGAUUUUUAAGUUUUUUGCAAAGAGAAUUCUGCUAAUGAUAGCUUUUUGGGUCCCACAUGUACCAUUCUGUGAGAGUACAUCCCAUUCUAGGGGCCAGACCUCUCUUUGUCCACUAAGUUUCCUUUAACUCAGUCUCCACUGGGUAUAUCUGAUAGAGGUUUGAUGAAUUAAAGGAUCCAGAUAGACCAGAUAGUCCCCCCAGGUCCUGAUAUCCAAAAAAUAAGAGGCUUAGGAAUGGAUUAUUUAAUUGGCCCUCAGAUCUUUUUAUUGUUACACACACACACACACACACACACACAAAGAUGGGCUCAGAUGGAUGCCUGCAUAAAAAUGGUUCCUAACUUUUUUUGAAUUGAGUGGUGAAAGUUGAAGUAGGAGGGAAGAAAAUUAAAUGUCCUAGUAUUCCUUUGGACUCAGGUCUGACAUGUUAGAUAAUAACCUAUAUUGAAAUGCUAAGAAUUUUAUAUGAACCAAGGAAAGGACAGUGGAACAGACUUAUUGUGCCCUAACAUUAUGUAGGAACUGAAACCAAGUAAAUAACCAUUGCAUUAGACAAAUGCACCCAAAAGUGUUAUUUCUCUUUCUAUGUAGCGGAAACUAUUAUUAUUUUCUCCUCUUUAGAGAAAUCUAUGCAAUUAUGGUGACCCGAUGGUAUGUUAGUGAUGUAUGGAUUCAGGUUGCUAUUGAGUUGGAUUCUAGACAGUUACUAGCUGUAAAAGGGUGUUUGGUGCCUUACCUUGCAAAAGCCAGAGCUUGCUGGGAAUAAAAUUAAAAAACGAACAAACAAACAAACAAAAAAAAAACAGAUUCAUGCCAAUGUUGACCUGCAUCUUUAGCAGGAAUGGGAGUGGUCACACAGAAUUCCUAAAUGUGUAGCUUUGGUGUCCCUUUUCCCAUGUCCAUGUAUAUCAUCCUCCUCUUUCACAUUCUUGAUGAUGACUUGAAAAUGUUGAAAUCACUUUUUUUGUACCUUCCUAUAGCAUGAACAGCAUUCUUAUGUUAACGAAUAGCUCAUAAUGUGAAUUUUAGAAACUGCUAACAGUGUGCAGUUGCUAGUUUCCCAUAUUUAUGGAAUUAGUGUUGAGAUAACAGGGCUAAGAAAUCACUGUGUGAAUUUUAGCCUACAGGUAAUGCCUUAGUAUUACUUAGAGAAAAGAUUUGUCAUUUAUAUUUAAAAUAAAUGUUAAUGAAUGUUUGAAAGAAAAAAAAUCAGGGAUGGCUCUUUGCCGUGGGUCUCAUUUUGCCCACUUUUCUGUAAGAAAAAAUAAUGAUGUCUUAUGUAUUUUUUCAUUUGUAUUAUAUGGUUUGUAAGUAAUCCCAAUUUUAAUAAAGUUUUAUAGACUAUA